GCGUCAUGACGCGCGGCCGUCGGGCGGGCGUUGCCAUGGAGGAGCUGAGCGCGGCGCUGGCAGCCGGCGUGGCCUUGUCGGGGCCGAACAGCCCCGCGGCUCCGCACCCUCGCCUCGCCGCUUACAAGGCCCGCGGCGGCCCGGGGCAGGCCGAGCGCCGUCAGCGCCUCCUCUGCCUACAGAAAGAGAGGCGGCUGGACUACGUGAACCAUGCGAGGAGGCUGGCAGAGGACGACUGGGCAGGGAUGGAAAGCGAGGGCGAGGAGAAGGAGGGGGAGGAUGAGGAGAUGGACGUGGAGACUGGCAAGAAGUUGCCCAAGCGCUACGCUAAUCAGCUGAUGCUGUCAGAGUGGCUGGUUGAUGUCCCCCUGGACCUGGAGAAGGAGUGGGUUGUAGUGGUGUGUCCCGUUGGGAAAAGGGCACUGGUUGUGGCCUCCAGGGGCACCACAGCAGCUUACACCAAGAGUGGCUUCUGUGUCAACAAGUUCCCAUCCCUGCUGCCAGGGGGGAACCGGCACAGUUCAGCGAACGAGAAAGUGUACUGCAUCUUGGACUGCAUCUACAGUGAGGCCAAGCAGACCUACUACAUCCUGGAUGUGAUGUGCUGGAGAGGACACCCCGUUUAUGACUGCCAGACUGACUUCAGAUUCUUCUGGCUUUUCUCAAAGAUCCAAGAGGAGGAAGGGCUGGGAGAGAAAAGCAGGAUUAAUCCAUUCAAAUUUGUGGGCCUGCAGAACUUCCCCUGCUCCUCAGACAGCCUAUGUAAGGUGCUGGCUAUGGACUUCCCUUUUGAGGUUGAUGGGCUUCUCUUCUACCACAAGCAAACCCACUAUACCCCUGGCAGCACCCCGCUGGUGGGCUGGCUCCGGCCUUACAUGGUACCUGACAUCCUGGGGCUGGCCGUGCCCGCCACUGCGCUCACUGCCAAACCGGACUAUGCUGGGCGCCAGCUCCAGCAGAUCAUUGAGAGCAAGAGGAGUAAAAAGCUGGCAGCAGAGGAGGGUGACUCGGGCAGCACGGUGGCUGCGAUCAAUGGACACUACGAGCUGGAACACUUGUCCACCCCUCAGCCAGCAAACUCUCAGGAGGGCCAGGGUGAAGCAGUGAGCCAGAUGGAGAAUUAGGCUGCUGCGACAGACUGGUUGGGUGAGGAGCAAGCGAGAGGUUCCCAGCUUCUUGCUGUCAGUCGUGCUCCCUCAGAGGGGGGCAAAGGUAAUAAUAGGAUGAUCCCACUGAAAGGGCAGGAAAGUGGAAUAUCUUGCUUCAAGUGCUGCUGAAUUCUUGCCUUUUUUUGGGGGGGUUGUUUUGUUUUGUUUUGUUUUGUUUUGCCAAGGCUUCUGUGAGGCCUUAACAGGAUCAUCUAGUCCUUUGCUAAGCCAGUCGCGCGUUGGGAAAUGAAACGAGCUGUCCCCACACCGCAGGGUUCCCGGUUCAGCUCCUUGACCCUGCUUCUGUGAAAGCCCCUGGCAAAGCUCCAGCAUAGGAACAGUGCUCAGACCUCCAAGGUGCAGCAGCUGCUCGGAAGCCCAGCAGCAGCCCCACCUCCCCAGCCCUGGAAACUGGGCUGUUUCACCCUUCUUUGAUCCAGCUGUUUACCGUAGCCUUCCCACUAAAAGGGUGGGUUGUUUUUU